AUGAAUUCCGCCCAACACCUUGUAUAUGAUGUUACUUCUUAUUUGGAUGAGCACCCAGGAGGUGAUGACGUAGUGCUUGCAUCGACAGGGAAAGACGCAACAGAUGAUUUUGAAGAUGCUGGACACAGCAAAAGUGCGAAAGAGCUCAUGCAGAACUUUUGCAUUGGUGAGCUUGACACAUCCUCCCCAAUCAUCCCAGAACUUGAAAUUUCCUCCAAGAAGGAAACAACUGAUUACUCUCAGAAGCUCAUGGACUUGACAAAGCAAUACUGGGCCGUUCCUGUGGCAGUUGUUGGCAUAUCUGUGGUGGUUGGGUUCUUAUACCUGCGUAGGAAGUAAAGCAAUAUGAUUUUUCCCCUAUUGGAAGCUGAAAGGGAAAUGUUAUCCCAAAUUUUGAAUAAUAGGUGGAUAAGGAUUAAGAACAUUUAUUCAUUGUUAUUUUUAAAAUCUGAAGGUAGGAUCUGAUCAAUUGAUUACCUUCAUUGGUAAUACAUGCAUGAUAGCAUUGAAAAACAGGGAAAAUUCUAUACAUUAAUACAAGGGGGACAGGUUUUUGUUGUCAA